AUGUCUCCGGUUGAGGAUAACAAAAAGAAGAAGAAAAAAGACAAGAAAAAGAAAAAAAAGAAAGAUAAAAAGAAGGAUUCUAGCACUUCAUCCUCAUCAUCUGAAAGUGAUGAUGAUAAGAAGAAAAAGAAGAAGAAAAGGGACAAGAAGAAGAAGAAAAAGAAGGAUAAGGAUGAAGGAAAGAAGAAACCCAAAAGUGUUAGUGCCUUGUCAACAGCUGGUGGUGAGAUUGCAGGACCAAGUACUGAAGGAGAUAAAAAGGAAGAUGAGGACACAGAUAAGGCCAAGAAGGAGCUCAAAGACAAACUCUCCUCUACAUUGGCUGGGGAAGGAUUGCAGGUAUUGCCUGGUACUGCUGAGGACGGCCACCUCAGCGAUGACGAGGGAGAAGGAGGAGAGGAGAUGGAUAAAAAGAAGCAGAAGUUGAAAAAGAAGAAAAGGGAUUCUAGUUCACACAGCAAAGAUGAGAAAAAAGACAAGAAGAAAAAGGACUGCUCCAGCUCUGAUAGCUCCUCAUCAGACAGCGAAGAUGACAAGAAGAAAAAGAAGAAAAAGGAUUCCAGUACCUCCUCCUCCUCUUCUUCUUCCUCCUCUAAUAGAUUCUUCUAG